CGUUAAAUAUAGAUUUUCUAUAUUAGUAUCAGGAAAAGAAAAAAAAAAACUAAGCAAAGUUCAUUUUUACAAUAGUUUGUCACACGUCACAUGCUAUUAUCUUUUAAACAAAUUCUUGUUAAACAAAGUGCUAUUAAAAAUUGCAUCUUUCCAAAGAUUAUGCCAAAAAGAAUUGUACACAAUUCGUCAACAGAGAAAAGUGUUCAAUCAAAUUUAAUAAAUACCAAGAAUAUGUCAAAUGAUCAAACAACAGUUUCGGAUAAUGUUAACCUCGACAAUGAAAAUAUAGAUGAAAAUCAUGAAAAGAGAAAUAUUAAAGUCGAAUAUUUGGAUACACCAGUUAAAUCGGAAAAUGAUAAAAAAGAAUACAGAGUCAUCAAAUUGGAAAAUGGACUCACCGCUUUGUUAAUCGCUGAUUUACAUUCCGCUAAACAUCAAUUACGCGAUAAAGAUGGUUCUAUAAUUGGAGCGGUGGCUACUGACACUGAAGAUGAAGAGAGCAAUGAAGAUGAAACUGAUGAAGAGGAAGAGGAUGAUGAUGAUGAUGAUGAUGAUGAUGAUGAUGAUGAUGUUGGUGUUGAAUAUGAAGUUGAUGACGAUGAUGAUGAUGUCGAUGAAGAAGAAAGCGAAUAUGAAGAUGAUUUGGGGAUAUGUCAAUAUGGACCGGAAAUUGAUGAUGUUCAUUUAUUGGGAGGUAAACGUCUAAAAAGAGAAGAAAAAAUGGCAGCAUGUGGGUUGUGCGUGGGUGUUGGAAGUUUCAGCGAUCCUGAAGAAGUUCCAGGAAUGGCACACUUUUUAGAACAUAUGGUAUUCAUGGGUUCAGAGAAAUAUCCUGAGGAAAAUGAUUUUGAUUCGUUUAUUACUAAAAGAGGUGGUUCUGAUAAUGCAUCUACGGAAUGUGAACAAACAACGUUUUACUUUGAAGUACAAGAGAAAUAUUUAUUGGCAUCUUUAGAUCGUUUUGCACAAUUUUUUAUUAAACCAUUGAUGAAGAAGGAAGCAAUUGCGAGAGAACGUGAAGCUGUUGAAAGUGAAUUUCAAAUGGCUUUACCUUCUGAUGUUUAUAGAAAGGAACAAUUGUUUUGUAGUUUAGCCAGACCAAAUCAUCCCGCGAGAAAAUUCAUGUGGGGAAAUUUAAUAACGUUAAAAGAUAAUGUAACUGAUGAUAAACUUUACGAAGAAUUGCAUAAAUUUAGGGAACGCCAUUAUAGUGCUCACAGAAUGAAAGUAGCCAUACAAGCUAAAUUACCAUUAGAUAAAUUAGAGGAAUAUGCAAUUCAAUGUUUUUCCAAAGUUCCAAGUAAUGGUUUACCAUCGACUGACUUUAGCGAGUUCAAAGGAGCAGAUUCGUUCGAUACUCCUAGCUUUAGAAAAAUUUAUAAAGUUAAGCCUGUUAAAGAUGUUUGUCAAAUAGAAUUAACAUGGGCAAUGCCACCUUUACAUGAAUAUUACAAAAGUAAACCUCAUCAUUAUAUCGCUUGGAUCAUUGGACACGAAGGAAAGGGUUCAUUGAUAAGUUACUUGAGAAAGAAAAUGUGGUGUUUGGAUAUUUCUAGUGGAAACACAGAAAGUGGUUUUGAACAUUCCUCAAUUUAUGCAUUGUUCAGUUUAUCAAUGAUUCUUACUGAAGAAGGUCACAAGCAUUUGGAGGAUGUAUUAAAUUGCAUAUUCUCUUAUAUUAAUUUAAUGAAAAAGGAAGGUCCACAAAAACGAAUCUACGAUGAAAUAUCUCAGAUUGAGGAAACCAAUUUCAGAUUCUCUGAUGAAGUUGCACCAGCAGAUUAUGUAGAAGAAUUGUGCGAGAAUAUGCACUUCUUUCCACCAAAAGAUUACAUUACCGGUAGCGAACUUUACUUUGAAUAUAAUCCUGAAGCAAUAGAAAUGUGCUUGAAUUAUUUAACAGCCGAUAAUGUUAAUAUUAUUAUAUUUGAUAAGAAAUUUAAUGAACAAGAAUUCGAUAAAGUUGAACCAUGGUUUAAAACUAAAUAUACCGAUAUGGAUAUACCCAACGAAUGGACCGAAACUUGGAAAACGAUUGAACCUAUGCCAGAAUUUCACUUGCCAUUACCAAAUAUCUUUCUUACUAAUGAUUUUACUUUGAUACCAAUACCAUCGGAAAUUCCUAAAUAUCCUGUUAAAAUACAUUACGAUGAUUUAUGCGAAGUUUGGUAUAGGCAAGAUUCUAAAUUUGGUUUACCAGAAUGUUACAUGUACUUUUAUAUUAUAUCACCUUUAACCACGUCUGCUAAAAACGUUGCUAUGAUGGAUUUAUUCAUAGAAGUAUUAAAACAAUUAUUAGUCGAAGAAUUGUAUCCAGCUACAGCUGCUGAAUUCAAACAUCAAAUGUAUACUGGUCAAAAGGGUAUUGUUGUUAAAGUUAGUGGAUUUAAUGAAAAAUUACCACUGUUAUUAAAUAUUUGUGUAAAAUAUAUUGCAAAUUGUCCAAAUCUUUUGACAAAAGAUCUAUUUGAUGUUAUGAAACAAGAACAACUGAAAGCUUAUUAUAAUUCAUUUUUAAAACCAGGAAAAUUGGCCAAGGAUAUAAGAUUGUCCAUGUUAAUGCUCGACCAUUGGCCUGCCAUUGAUAGACAUACAGCUAUUUCUACAACUACAUUUAAUGAAUUUAAAGAUUUUAUCAAAGAAUUUACUAAACAUACUUAUAUACAAUGUCUCGUACAAGGCAAUAUGACUGAAGAAAAUGUCAUUAAACAUGUCAAGAAUUGUAUCGAUAUUUUAAAGUGUGGUCCACUGUUAACUAAUACUAUGCCACAAUUGAGAAUCACUAAAUUACCUGUUGGAAUACAAUAUUGUAAAGUUAACAAUUUUAAUAAGACCGAUGUUAAUUCAGUUGUAACUAAUUAUUAUCAAUCUGGUGAAUUGUCUAUCAAAUUGACAGUUAUUAUAGAACUGCUUCUUAUGAUUAUGGAGGAACCAUUAUUUCAUCAACUUAGAACGAAAGAACAACUUGGUUAUGACGUUUCUUGUCUUAUGAGAAACACUUAUGGUGUUGUUGGUUAUUCCAUCAUCGUUAAUACUCAAGCUGAUAAACAUUCGACCGAACACGUUGAUAAUAGAAUUGAAAAAUUUUUAAAAUUAUUUAACGAAUCGUUAAUAGAUACUUCGGACAAAGAUUUGGAAAGUAUUAAAGAAGCAUUAACAAAAAUAAAACAAUGUGCUGAUAUUCAUUUGAAAGAAGAAGUUGAUAGAAAUUGGCACGAAAUCACUAAUUGUGAUUACGUAUUCGAUAGAUUGGAAAAAGAGAUCAUUGCUAUAGAUAGUAUUACCAUAAAAGAAUUACAAGAUUGGAUGAAAGCUCAUACUCUCAAUGGAGACAACCUCAGGAAAUUAAGUGUCCAUGUUAUAGGAACUAAUGAACAAACUUCCGAUGUUACAAUUUCAAAUUCCGUAGAAUUAAAUGCCAAUAAGGAAGAUAAUUCUACAUCGGAUAAUGACAAUAUAAUUUCAUACAAGUUGAAGUAUUUAAAUAAUAAUGCAACUAAAACGAAUGAUUCUGAAGUAUAUAUUACAGAUAUUGAAAGUUUCCGAAAUGAAUUACCAAUAUUUCCUAUAAAAGAUACUUUACGAUGAUAAUAAUGUUUGUAUUUAAAAAACAAACUCGUAUAUUCGACAACACAUUCAGUAAUGUAAUAAUAAAUAUGUAGAUUUCUAAAUAUUAAAAGAUGAAAUCUCUUGAGGUAAA